UAGGGGCGCGGGUUUGGAAAUUCGGUCCUGAGGUUAGAAGCUGUGAACGAGCUGCGGGCGCGCUGCUGGCUUCGAGUUCAUCGCGAUAUUUGUCCCUCGUGCCUGUUUCAUUUUUUUUCUGCAAGGGGAGUGACACUGCCGCAGUGACUUGCGUGAGCGUUCCAUAAAGGAGGAGUAAGGGCGGGGGUGGCAGAGGCGAGGUAGCCACUCAGAAGAGGCGCCAGGGCAGAGAGGUGGAAACUCUGCCCCCCCCCCCCCCCCCCCAGUUUAACUGCAGGAAUGGCGCGGUUUUUCUGAGCGGCAGGUCGUUGUAGGUGGCUUUCCAUUGUCAAGGCGCUCACUGUCUUUUGGAAAGAUAAGAGAAAAAACAAACAAACAAAACCACGGCUUCCCAGCACUUCUUUCGAAGGAGAACCAAUCUAUAGGGAAGAUGUCUGUUUUCCCCAAGAUAUCUUUAAGGCUUGAGGUUGAAAACUACCUUAAAAAGAGCUUUGUGAAUGAGGAGGUUGUGUCUGCUUUAGGUAAGCAGGAAGCAGAAAGGAAGUUUGAAUCUCUGUUGAAUCACUUGUCACAUCCCCCGUCAUUCACAACUGUGAGAGUAAAUACACAUUUAGCCUCAGUACAACAUGUGAAAAGUCUGUUACUGGAUGAACUUCAGAAGCAGCAGUAUGAUGGAUUAAGUGUUCCUGUUCUUCAGCAUCCUAAACUUCAGGAUGUCUUACUCAUUCCUGUCAUUGGACCAAGGAAGAACAUAAUGAAACAAAAGUGUGAAGCCAUUGUUGGAGCCCAGUGUGGCAAUGCUGUAUUAAGAGGAGCCCAUGUCUAUGUACCAGGAAUUGUGUCAGCUUCAAAAUUUAUGAAAGCUGGAGAUGUUAUAUCCGUGUACUCAGAUAUUAAAGGCAUAUGUAAGAAAGGAGCCAAGGAAUUUGAUGGAACUAAAGUGUUUCUUGGAAAUGGGAUUUCUGAAUUCAGCCGCAAAGAAAUCUUCAGCGGGCUACCCCAAUUGAAGGGUAGAGGCAUAAGAAUGACUGAACCAGUAUAUCUUAGCCCUUCAUUUGAUAAUGUACUGCCCAACUAUGUAUUUUUACAGAAUUUACCAUCUGCUGUAGUAACACAUGUUUUGGAUCCUCAACCUGGAGAGAAGAUUCUAGAUAUGUGUGCAGCACCUGGAGGUAAAACAACACACAUUGCAGCACUAAUAGAUGAUCAGGGGGAAGUAAUAGCAUUGGAUAAAAUACCCAACAAGGUGGAAAAAAUAAAGCAGAAUGCUUCCUUAUUAGGACUGAAUUCUAUUAGAGCAUUUUGUUUUGAUGGAACCAAGGCCCUUAAACUUGAUACGACGGACACAGAAGGGGAACCUCCAUUCUUGCCAGAGUCUUUUGACCGAAUUCUUCUUGAUGCACCAUGUAGUGGAAUGGGACAAAGACCAAACAUGGCUUGUACUUGGACUUUAAAGGAGGUGACAUCAUAUCAACCACUACAGCGAAAACUAUUUGCAGUGGCAGUUCAGCUGUUGAAGCCAGGGGGCAUGCUGGUUUAUAGUACGUGCACUAUCACCCUGGCAGAGAAUGAAGAACAAGUUGCCUGGGCCCUCAAGACAUAUCCUUGCCUUCAGCUUCAUCCCCAGGAACCACAGAUUGGAGGAGCAGGAAUGAUGGGAGCUGGCCUGUCUUCAGAACAGUUGAAGCAGCUGCAGCGAUUCGAUCCAUCUGCUGUGCCAUUACAGGACACUGACAUUGAUUCUCUGAGAGAUGCCAGAGUGGAAGACAUGAUUUGGCUGGCAAAUAAGGAUUGUAUAGGGUUCUUUAUUGCAAAAUUCAUAAAAUGCAAAAGCACACGGGAUUCUUAGAAAUGAAGCUUCGAACAUUCACUGUUGGUAGGGUUUGGUUUUUUUUUGUUGUAAAUCAACUGUUUUCAGGCCAACUGACUGAUAGUGUGGUUGCUAAGGAAACAGAAAAGGCUGCCAGCUGUUGAACUAGUGAUUGUGAGAGACAGACAGAGGAAGGAUGGUGAAAAUAGCUCACUUGGAAAUUGAGCUGUGACUCAGGUUUGAGCCUGGUUGUCGCCACACAGAAGGAAGCUUCAGUGCUGUGGUUUAUUAUUAUUUUUUAAUCUUUUUUAAAAAGGGGAGGAGGGGGAGUCGGGCUGUAGCGCAGCGGGUUAAGCGCAGGUGGCGCAAAGCACAAGGACCGGCAUAAGGAUCCCGGUUCGAACCCCGGCUCCCCACCUGCAGGGGAGUCGCUUCACAGGCGGUGAAGCAGGUCUGCAGGUGUCUGUCUUUCUCUCCUCCUCUCUGUCUUCCCCUCCUCUCUCCAUUUCUCUCUGUCCUAUCCAACAACAACAACAACAAUAAUAACUACAACAAAAAAACAAGGGCAACAAAAGGGAAUAAAUAAAUAAAAUAAAUAAAAAAAAAAAAAAAAAAAAAGGGGGAGGAGGGUCAAUAGCAUAAUGGUUAUGCAAAAAAAGGUGAGAUGGUAUGAGAUUAUGUUUUGGUGUUUAAUUUUUUUCUGUUUAACAGCAUAAAGAGAAGGAGAUGCCAAUCAAUUUAUGGAACCUAUUCUAACUUGGGGUCUUGUGUGUUAAUUUGUAGAGAAGGCAGGUAAUGGUUAAUGUUACAAUCAGUGAAUCAAAAGGAAUAAAACUAGUAAUUUUUAA